AUUCCAGGACUCCUGGGAGCGGCGGGAAACUACCGACUACCUGCGGGAGGCGCAGGAUUUCCCACCGAAGUUCCUGUUCCCGCGGGUAGGGAAGCGCGACUUGAAGCGAAUCAUGCGAUCCCUCACGUUUGUGCAGCAAUCGCAACUGGUGGAGCCGGGAGCGCUGAAGGGGCUGCAGCGCGGCUCGCCCGCGUCGGUGAAGCAGAAGCUGGCAGAGCUCGAGGCACACGACAUGCUCGUUCACGAUAUGGUGCGGGAAUACGGAUUGGAGCCGACGUACGCCCUGUUGAUUCGAACCAACGACAUCCGCACGUUUCAAGCGAAUUCGAGAAGAAAGUUGUCGGUGUCGCCAGGAGCGGGAAUGGAUACAGCAUCAAGUGGCUUUGUUUCGAGGAAGCGAGAUGGUGAUUACGAAGCUCUGGCGGGAGGUCCCUCUUCGCCCGAACGGGGGACCGCUCCGCUACUGCAGAGUUAUGUGCCGCGAAAGCAAGUCCGGACAACGAGAGACAGAUUGGGAAACAUUGGCGAUAGCGAUGCAGCACACUACAAUCGACGUCUGAAUGCGGCCAGCGCGAACGCGUUGCCAGGUGCUGAGAGCAGGUCGCGGAGCAGCUACUUCUCCCCACCCGCGCGACUGGGAGGAUCGCCACUCAGAGCACGAAGCUCAGCACCGUACAGGGAAGAUCAAACUUUGCCAACAACAAGUCUACUUUCCCGGGCGUUCUUGGGGCCUAGUUCCGGGACAAACUUCGCGCAAAAGUAUCUGGGACCACGGGCGGGAGAAAGCAGUAGCAGCAGCAGUGCGGACGAUUUUGACGAUUAUGUUCCUUUAGAAUUUCACAAGUCGCAGUUCCACCAGCAAAGCCGGCCCGGGCGGGCUCUCCAAUCGCUGCGGGGCACCAGUGUGCCAUCAAGGCCGCUGGCCUACGGUGGUCGAUACUUUCCGUCAGUUCGCGGCGUCUUAACGGGCUCAUCUUCUCCGGUAUAUUAUGGCAGUUCCGGAAGUAGAAUAAGGUCGAAUUCGAACUACUUUCAGAGACCCAAACUUGAGCUCGCCACUGCCGACCUCGUUUUCGGCAGCCGUAGUGCUAGCCCCUUUCGGUUCGGCGCCGAGGCUUACAGUCCGUUCCCUUCGCCGUCGUCGAAGGAGCGCUACGAUCGAUCUCGAGCUGAAGACGAGGCGUAUCUGCAGUCUCUACAGCGAAGGAUAAGUAAAGAGCCAGAGUCCUAUUUUCCACGACCGAAACCCUUCGCGUUCGUGACCAGUGGCAGCAAAGACGCGCUGGGAACGACGAUGGCCAUAAGUUCGACCCCCAUAGCCCCGAAAGUGUCCGCCGUCAUCAAUCGCCAGAAGUCGUUGCGUGAGCGAGCUUUGUCGCGCUCUUUGGAGGUGGAGGAGGAAAAGGAAGAACUACCGUCGUUGAGCAGAGUGGGCACAAAGUCAAAAAUUCCGCUGAAGGCCGCGGAGGGCGAGCAAGCUGAAGUUCCCACGCCCCGGAAGCGGGCCUUUUUCGCGGGCGUCUCCACGAACAGUAAUGGGUUGGGGUCGGAAGAGGAGCUCCCGGGCAUGUCGCAGUUCAUGAAAUUGAUGCGCGACGAAACGAAACAGAUGCAAAAGGGCCUGGAGUCACAGAUCUUUCACAUCGACGAUGCCCUGGAGGUCACAAACGAACGAGAUGCAGAAAUCGAACCCGAGCACCAGGCGGUUUUCGAUCUGGGAGCGUCAACUGACGACUCAGAACGUUUCAUUCUAGGAGAAAGCACCGGAUCUUUAGAAGUUCUUCUACAAGUAGAGAGGGAAGAACAAGUCGGACACCAAGGUGGACAUGCGGCAGGUGCAGUAGAGACUGAUCAUCAAGAACAUCCUCGUGAUGAACCACAAGGUCGUGGCACGGAACUAGAAAAUCAUGUACAGUGGCGCAGUGAGAGCCGCGGGCCUUUGCAAAAGAUUCCGUUUCUCUUCAACACGUAUGAACAGAACAGUGCCCCGAACUCGCGGGCCGGUUCGCCAGGAGCCGGACGUCUCGCGCAGGCCCCGGUCUGGAUGCAGACCGUGCAGAUGUGGUGCAACUUGCGGAAUGCGGAGAUCCGAAAGCGGGGCAGCAUCGGGUUUCUACUUACUACCACCACCACCGAGGGGUAUUGCUCCGCGCUCGCCCGCGGACAAGGGCUACGCUUGGUCUCCCCGCCGGCCGCACUUGCGACCGAGAAGGUGCUGGUCGGCAUCGGGGAAGCGAACCUGAACCAAAACUGCGUGCGGAUCUUGUUUGCAGCCGGCAAGGAGAUGGGCAAAGCUACGCAGAGCAUGGCCGCGCUGGGAGAUCACGUCUUCGCCACACAGGCCGCCGCCCAGCGGGUGCUCGGGGCGCACGGCAUUGUUUGGCGGGGGCUCUCGCCGGACGAGAAGCGACAACUACCGGAGAAGGAAAGUUUUGGAGAUCGCGAAAGACAAAUUUCCAAAGCGGAGGGAAUUGCUGGAGGACAAAACAACAGUAAAGCAGAAAGCAACGUGCAAGAGCUCCCAAUAACGAGGUCUUUGGUAGAAAUUGAGGACAAGGAGCAAUUGACCGCUCUACUCGAUUCUUACGCGCCAAAUAGAAAUCCUCCCUCGGGGCAAGAUUUACUGAACCGCUUCCUUGAAACGGUGGGUCCUCCGAAGGGCAUCAGUAGCAAGGAAGGCACGCCGCCGGAUGCUGGAGAUGGUUCGCAGCAAGAGAUCGGUACUCAAAAGCGCGAGGACAGCACACUUCAGUCAGCUCCUUUUCCCUUGAUGCAAUCCUACUCGCCGUUGACGCUGGCCGAGUGCGAGCGCGUUCUGCUGCGGGUGUGCGAGAAAACCAGAACUCCGCUGCAAGGGUUGCUGCCUCGGGAUUUGCGUGUCAGUUACUUGGGGAAAACGCUUCGCGCCAAUCUCUUGACGCGAAAUUUCACCCCGGCGCUGCGGACGGCGAUCGAUGGGGUCGCGUUCAUCAACAAAGGCGGCCGUGCCGGGACCGUCAGCAGUAAGACAGCCUCCGAACAAAUAAACCGAACCGGUGUUGAUCAAAUGUUAGGGCCUGCGGACGCCACUGGCCAGUCGAAAGAUGAGCUGAUUGCGUCGGAUUUCAGUGCGGUAACGCGUCUGGUUCGCCGAUCCCUGAUUCAAAAGAUCGAAGCGGGGCUGGACCUGGGGAAGACAGGCAAUAUGGAAGCGGGAACGACAAAAUUUUUGCACACAGGCCCGACGCACGAAUCGGUGGUCCUUGGGUACCUCCCGUUUUUUCUUGACGCAGGCAGCGACUCCGUGCACCACUCGAGCCAGCACCAUUUUGCGGCCCUAGGCCGGAACCACCAGUCGGCCCUGGUCACCGAUUCCUCGCUGCGCACCCGGCUCGCAGACGCAACUGCGUUCCUGCGCGCGGCCUUGGGCGCCAGCGGGUCGGAGGACUCCUGGGCGGGGGCCGGCGCGGCCCCAGAGCUACACGAGUUGUUCUACAACUCAUCUUCACGGAACUCGUCGAAAGCCAGUGCCGCUUUUCCGCAAGAAAGCCCGGCGUGGCAGCGACGCAUCAAGCUCCUGUCGCAAAUAUCGGAGCUGGAGUGCUCGCUGAGCCUGUUUCGCGGGCGGGACCGCUUCGACGCAAGCGGUGAGCUGACGGUCACGGCCUUUCGCAGUCGCGUCGGCGACUGGCUGGUGCAGGCGAUGUCGCAGCACGAAAGCGAGGUGAACCGGCGGCGCGACGACAUCGACCUGUUCACCACUUUAUCAAAUGUAAAAAUGUCUGGGUCUGGAAGAUUGCCGGGUUUGUCAUGCACAUUUCGCAUGACUCCUCAAGUCUGUGAUGCAUGCGCUAGCAUCACAGAUUUUGAGAGGGCUUCCUGAUGCCUAUUCCGCAUGACAAAUGCUCUUUCCGUGCUGCAAAAUUUGGACUCUCUUUACUGCUCACGCAAUACAGAUUUUUUUAGAAUCCAAAAUCAGCAUGACAAGUUGGAUUCUUCCAGACCCAGACAUUUUUACAUUUGAUACACUUCCCUGGCCGACGGCGACGACGUGUCGCAGCGCUGGUCUGCUUUAUUCUGAGGAAAAAUCCCCCCUCCCCAUAUUGAAAAGGUAUGUUUCCAAAAAUUUGUGUAGCGGAUUUGAGGUCACAAAUCAUGUCUGUCUUGCAAGAAGACAAGCGCAGAGGCUGCCGCACCAUUAUGGAAGCGAUUUGGCAUGCUGUUGGGCCUAAAGGGGGGCCGUUUGCCAUGCUGAACUACUAGACCCAUACGCCCCUACCCAGCCUGGGGAUCUGGCCGCAGUGCCUCUCUGCAAUACAAAGCUGAUUUGUGGCCACAAAUCAGCAUCACAAAUUUCCGUUUUGAUAUUGGGAGGGGGGAUUUUUCAUCUUGAUACGCUUCGCGCCGUCUUCUGCGGGAAGUGCUGGCGUCCAUGCUGUUCUUCAGCGACCCUGCGAAACUGGAAACCACGCAGAACCUGUACAUGAAGUUUCGCAGCGGCCGGCAGAACGACCCCGAGGCCUCGUUGCUCCGGCUGCUGGCGCGGGCGCGGGACAAGUGGCUGGCCUUUUCCAAGAGGAUGGACGCUUUGAACCACGGUGGGGACCAGGGACUCCAGGAAAAGAGCUUCUCGGUGUUGAACGUCGAUUCAACCACCAUUCCGGCGAAUGCGCGUGUGGGCAUUGCGCCGCAGGCCCGCGUGAAGACGUUCCCGGCGUUUGUUUUGUGCGGGGCCGUGCUGCGGGACUGCAUGCUCCCGCUGUUGCAGGGGGUGCUCCUGCUCAUGGACGAGGACAAUUUGGCACAAAUUCUGGUUCACCCGGACGGCACUUCCGAUUCCGUGCUUCACCAGAUGGUGCAGAGACUGAAAACCCGGUGCGUGGAAUUCGAGUCUGAGGCUAUGUGGGCUAUGCUCGGCUUCAACCUGACACACCAGGAGAAACCGGUCCUGUCCCGGGUUGCGCGCAACUUCCACGCGGUCAGAAGGUGGUUCCACCCGCCGGACCCGCACCCGGCUGUCGUCGCGGUAAAGAACGGAGGCCGCGCGACCUUGCACCUAGCAUCACCGGGCGCGGAGCAGGAUGAAGGGUCGCCCAAAAAGGACCCCAACGCCCCCGCGGCGAGCGAGCCAGUAGGUGGAGGUGCUGCUGAAGAACCAUUUUUCACGCUGGAAGAAGAUAGAGAUGUUGGCGCUAAAGUGGAAAAAGACGAUGACGUUCCCUUUUUCGACUUGGAAGGGGAUGACGAGGAUGACGGCACGCCCGGUGUCGCCCCGGUCAAGAAGGAAAAGGCCGGGAGAAGGAGCAGCAAUGGAGCUGGUGCAUUUGUUGGCGGGAAGAACAACUACACGGGCGGGUCCAAGACAAGUAAGACCGCGGGAGCUGCUCCUAUAGCAUUGUCGCCUCUGGGGCUGUAUCCUGUGCAAAAGUAUCGUACUCGUAGUGCAGUCAUGCAUUACAAAUCUUGUUCUUAAGCUAAAUCCGCAUUACAAAUUUCGUUUCUCAUGCUGAGUAAUGCAUUUAUACGAAUGCGAUACUUUUGCAAUGCAUAGGCUGGACGACGAAACCGCCGAAGUGCGAGAACUAGACAGCUCACGCGCCCUCGCGGUGGCCGCGCCUCCGGGUGCCGCCGACCGGUUGUUGAGCAAAAGCAGAGAACAGCAAACAGGGAAACUGCAAAGUGCAGACAGUAAUUCGCAGGAGGGAAUUAUUCAUCCGGAAAAGAACAACAAGGCGUCUAAGGUACAACAAGCGCCAAGCAGCAAGGCAUCUCUCUUUGACAAGAUAGAAGGCAGACAGAAUCCCAAGAUAACCCAGUACAAAAACAAAUCCUCGAUUCUGUUUCUCUACGAGAAUUUCGACGCUGACGAGAAUGUUGUGGGAAAUGACGCCUUCGGCCACCUGCUCAGCCGCGAACAUCCGACGGUGGUCACUUUCGACCCAGAGGUACGCGGGUACCGGAAGUCCUUGAAGCGAUGGAUCAACGAAAGGAAAGCCUUUGACACCUUUGUGUGGACCUAUGCCGAUUAUCGGGAGUGCUGGGACUCGAACCGCGUUUGCGUUCUCAACUCCACCGGCUUUGCCUUUCUCGACCAGCUCACCGCCCGGCUCUUCGGCUCGGCAGCCGACGACGAAAGGAAAAGGAAGAUCUUGAAUGCACGGAAGGUACAGUGUGAUGUUUUUUCGCGAUAAAUCGCUGGCUCUGUUAUUGUGUAAGUAUGCAAAAAGAAAAACACAGACACAGCCAUUGUUCACAGAGGCAGCUGUACUAGCCAUUCUCUGCAUUAUGAACUGAACAUUUAUUCACAAUGUGUUGCAUCGAUAAAUAAAACAUUACUCAUCUAUCAUGUCAACCAAUCUCAGGUCUUUCGCCGGCACUACGCGCAAGUAAGAGCCUGUCUCGGUGCGGAAUUCUUCGAACAACACCCGGAUCGCCGUGUGCGGGCCGCACAGGGAUUGAUUUUCCUGCUGGAGCUGACAGGAUCAGAAUUUGUCAAGCUGGAAGACGUAGAUUGAACCUCUUUCAACUGGACAAUGACAAAAUAUGGGGCGUUUAUUUUGCGAAGGUACAGGUAGUGCUAAAGAAAUGCCAUAAGAUAGUACAGAAC